AUGAUUAACAAUGAUACCAGCCCCGCCCCUCACAAUGCCUGCAGAGAUAUCCCAGUACUGGUACCGCCGCACGAUCCAGUGAUUGACUGGAACCCCCUUGGCGCCAAGAUUACUUUCUGUAUACCUUGCGAACCUCCUCAAACUCGUUCAUACACUCACCCUCAUGGGAGGGAAGUGGCGGACGAGGGCCUGCCUAAAUGUGGAUUUCUACGAAAAGUGGAUCAGCCACAUACUCCCCGCCUAGCACCACUUUCAAGACCAGCCGCGGGGGUCUAUGUCAAGAUUGCAGAGUCAACUGACCUCGAGCGAUGGAGCCACCAGGUGUAUGUGGGGCGGGGGACGAGGGGUGGAAGCAGGUAUGGGGUGGAGGUCAGGGCAGCCGAGCACCUGAGAGGCUGGUCUAGCCGCGAGAAGAGUAAGUUCAACGACGCUGUUAUCUCUGCACCUCCCGGAGCCUACAAGCUGGUGGUGUUCGGUGUCCUGUGGAGCGACCCCGCCAAACCGUACACAUGGACACCAGCGUCCAAGGCGCGUCUCGACUCUAGGGCCAAGCUCAUCGAGUUCUUUUGGUGCGCCAACCUCGGCACCAUUGAGAACCACCCCACUGUCGACCUCUCCCCGGGCCCACGAACCUACGUGGGCACAAACUCUAUGAUCCCCGCCGAGAAAAGCUGCUCGGGGGUCUAUAUCAAGAUCACAGAGUCUACUGACCCCAAGAAAUGGGAGCACUUGGUGUAUGUGGGGGAGGGGACGAGGAGUGGAAGCAGGUUUGGGGUGGAUGCGAGGUCAGCCGAGCAUAUGAGAAGCUUGCGCCGUGGCGAUAAGAACAAGUUCAACGAUGCUGUUCUCUCUGCCCCUCCCGGAACCUACAAGCCGGUGGUGUUCAGUGUCCUGUGGAGCGACCCCGCCAAACCGCACACAUGGACACCAGCGUCCAAAGCGCUUCUCGACAUAAGGGCUAACCUCAUCGAGUUCUUUUGGUGCGCCAGCCUCGGCACCAUUGAGAACCACCCUACUGUCGACCUCUCCCCCGGCCCACGAACCUACGUGGGCAUGAACUCUAUGAUCCCCAUCUGCGAGUCAACCAAUUUCGUUAACAACUUUGCGAAAGCGGACAAGCUGGGGAGGUUUCGUUCGGUCCGGGGCCAGGAAGCUGUCAACCAAAGGUUCUUGGAGGUGGUCAAAAACGUCAAGCACAAGCCAUCCUUUUCCGACCGCCCCCGCUUCGAGCCCCAAGCGCCCCUCAAACUCAUUCUCCGUUUACACAAGCCCCCCAUCCUCUUCCCGCUCAAACCGCAUCGCUCCGUCCAGCCCCAACUAUUGGACACGAUCUCCCGUCGCUCUAUUGCGACCUUGCCCGUCAAAGGCAAGCAAGUCCUCUUGCCUGCGAAUGCGUCGUAA